AUGGAGAAGAAGAAGAAGGUGGAUUGGUCAGCUCUUCCAAAGGAGCUAUGGCUGACGAUCGGAAAUUGCCUCGACAGUCGCAUCGACGUUCUCCGAUUUCGCAGCGUCUGUACGUUAUGGCGUUCCUCUGUCCCCCUUUUCAAGCAAACCACUGUUCCUCCUCUGCCCCACAAAUUCUCCUCAGAUGCCGUGGCUGCUGGAGCUGAAUUCCAAGCCUUGCUCUUCCAAACCACAGUCUACCGUAUGCAGCCACUCGUUGACGGAGAACCCAAUUCAUCAAAUUCAAAACCAUGGUUGCUGAAGCUUGAAGAGUCCAAUUCUGGUGAGUCUCGUUUUCUUCACCCGAUCACAAAUUCGCCUCUCAGGUACCCCGCUAAAGCUAAGAACUUUAACUUAUUGGACUUUGGGGUUGUUGAAUUGCGCAAAUCGUAUAGUCUCAAGUAUCGACAAAACAAUGUCAUUAUUGCUUGUGUGAACAAAGUGGUGGUCAUCGGUCAAACCCAUUUGGAUAAUUGUGGUAUAUUCAAGAUAUUUGAUGGAGGCAAGUUGGGUUUUCUGAGAAUCGGAGAUGAGAAAUGGACCCAUUUUGAUGAACAAAACUCUCACUAUGAUGAUAUUAUUGUUUAUAAGGGCCAAUGCUAUGUUGUUGAUAGAUUGGGAACAAUUUUUUGGGUGAGUUCAGAGUUAAAAGUGGUUCCUUUUUCGCCUCCCUUAUGUGGGUUUGGUGGGCAGAAGCAUUUGGUUGAGUCUUGUGGUGAUCUUUAUGUGGUUGAUCGUUGCCUUGAUAGGGAGAGAUCCGAGAGGUACCUUCUUGAGGAUAAUAAUGUUAUAUUUGGUCUUCCUAAUCCUUUCUUUGCCAAUGCUGCGGUCCCUGAGGCUAUUGAUUUUAAAGUUUAUAAGCUGGAUCAAGAAUGGGCUAGAUGGGUUGAUGUGAAGAACUUGGGAGAUCAAGUUUUUAUUUUGAGCAAUGAUGGGUCUUUCUCUGUCUCCACCAGAGGCUUUGCUAGAGUGAAGGGAAAUUGCAUUUUGUUCACCGACCACAGGCAUGCUCAUUUACCAGGAGUAGCAGGAUCAGGAGCAAGAAAAUGUCACAGUUGUGUGUUCGACUUGGAGGAUGGCAGCAUCAAGAAUGUAGCGCCUUUUCGUGCUUGUUUUAUGCCAUGGCCACUCUCAAGUUGGCUCAGCCCCGAUUAA